UAUAAGGUCAGUCUUUGGGGCCUCUGGUGGCUGUACAAGUUUGCUGUUGAGCAUUGAACACAAUAAAUUUUGACAGUGAAUUUUAAUCAUGCCCUAUCAUUGGCAAAGCAAAUCAGUGAAGGCCAGCGGCGUCGAGGACAUGGUGUUGCUCACUAAAAUACAAGAGAGUGCUAUCGUGGAGAAUCUAAAGAAGAGAUUUCUAGAUGAUCAGAUUUAUACGUACAUUGGACCUGUUCUCGUUGCUGUUAAUCCCUUCAAGAGCUUGCCCUAUUUCACAGACAAGGAAGUGGACGUGUACCAAGGAGCGGCAUUAUAUGAGAAUCCUCCUCAUAUCUAUGCACUAGCAGAUGCCAUGUAUCGCAGCAUGAUGAGUGACUGGGAGAAGCAGUGCAUUAUCAUUAGUGGAGAGAGUGGUGCUGGGAAGACAGUUUCUGCAAAAUUCAUUAUGUCUUACCUUGCAAAAGUGUCAGGAGGUGGACAACAUGUUCAGAAAGUGAAAGACGUCAUUUUAAAGUCAAAUCCUUUGUUGGAGGCAUUUGGAAAUGCAAGAACUGUUAGAAACAACAACUCCAGCAGAUUUGGAAAAUAUGUGGAAAUUCAGUUUGGAAGGGGAGGUCAACCUGAUGGUGGCAAGAUUUCAAAUUUUUUGUUAGAAAAGUCUCGUGUUGUGAGCCAGAAUGCACAAGAAAGAAAUUUUCACGUUUUUUAUCAGCUCUGUUAUGGAGCCUCAUCUGAAGACAAAGAACAGCUGGGUCUGACAUCGCCAGACUACUACUACUAUCUCAAUCAGAGUGGUCUGUAUGUAGUAGACGGCAUUGAUGAUGUACAAGAGUAUCACGACACAAGAACUGCAAUGGAUGUUAUUGGAAUUAGUUCUGAUGAGCAAGCGGAGGUUCUCAGCAUUGUGGCUGGAGUUCUGCAUCUUGGCAACAUCACAUUUAUUGAAAGCGGCAACUAUGCUGUUCCAGCUGAUGAUGAAUUUCUGGCUUUUCCUGCGUAUCUUCUUGGUGUGAAUGAUAUGUUGCUGAAAUCAAAGCUGACCAGCCGAAUCAUAGACACCAAGUGGGGAGCAAAAACAGAGUCUGUGACGAUGACCCUGAAUGUUGAGCAGGCAUUAUACACACGGGAUGCUCUUGCAAAAGCUUUAUAUGCCAGGCUAUUUGACUUCCUUGUGAAAGCUGUAAAUCAGGCUAUGCAAAAGGAGAGAGAUGACACCAGCAUUGGUAUAUUGGACAUUUAUGGCUUUGAAAUUUUUCAAAGAAAUGGGUUUGAGCAAUUUUGCAUUAAUUUUGUGAAUGAGAAACUGCAGCAAAUCUUCAUUGAACUUACACUGAAGGCAGAACAGGAAGAGUAUGUUGAAGAAGGCAUUAAAUGGAAUCCAAUUGAGUACUUCAACAACAAGGUGGUGUGUGAUCUGAUAGAGAGCAAGAAACCACCUGGUAUUAUGUCCGUACUUGAUGAUAUUUGUGCAACAAUGCAUGCUCAGUCUGAAGGUGCAGACGGAAAACUCUUGGAGAAACUUGGUCAUGCAAACCUUCCUGGACAACAACAUUAUGUAGGUUUUAGUGCUGGAUUUACUGUGCACCACUAUGCAGGAAAGGUGACAUAUGAAGCUGAUGGAUUUUGUGAAAAGAACCGUGAUGUUUUGUUUAAAGACAUCAUUGAACUGAUGCAGAGCAGUCAACAGUAAGAAUUAAAUAACUUGUUAGAAGUGAUUAUGGACCAGGAGUUAUUGUUAUAGUACAUAUUGUCUACUGGCUCUGAAUUUUAUCCUUUUGUAAUAGGGACAAUAGCAGUGUUUUCCCCAGGAUCUUCUUAUUCUAAGCAAUUAAGC